AUGAUGUUUGCUGCACGAAGAAUCAUUUCGCAGCCUUUCUGCCGCGUUGCAGUGCGACAGCUGCAGGCCACUUCUCGUCGAUGUGCCUCUACCGGCCCCCCAAACAUGGCAGAAAUGAUGUAUCGUGACCCCAAACUUCGAGACACAUUUGAGAAGCUCGCUCGGCACCCUGGCGCCAUUCUGGCGAUGCAAAACAUAAGCCAGAUUAUCCAGAAAAAAGGCUUCCAGCCCGGUAAUAUGCCCAGUAAGAUGGAUAUGCUCAAGCUCAUGAUGGACAAGGAGUUCAGAGAGGCAGCACAAAAGCUGACAGAGGAGAUGCAAAAUGCUGGUGUUGAAAUCAACCCUGAUGUCUUCAUGAAGAUGAUGGAAGCCGAUAAAAGCAAGUAG